CUACAGUGCGGCUACACCUGUCAAACAGUAUAAGCUCCACAAGUUGACUGGCGAUUUGACAAAUUUUAAAUAAGGAUUUUCCCACGAUUGUUUUGCAAUUAAGUUUUUAAUAACGUGAUACUGAAUUAUAUAUAAUGUCAUUGAUAAAAAGAUAAGUAUAAGGUCAAAAUUACUAACAUGGAUAAAAGAGAGAGCAGUGAACUUUUAAACAUUGAACGAAACAAUUCUAAAAAUGCUAGCUCCAAUUCACUUAAUUCAGACAGCAAGAGCAGUUCACUCAAUUCCAAAAUGGGACAAGAAUCUGAAAGUUGGGAGAAAGCAUCUCACUCAAAGAGCUUUUCCACAAGCUCAACCUCCACUGAUAACAAUAUUAUUUCUGCCCUAGAAACUAAAAAAGAAAAUCAAAGGAAAGAGGAUGUGAACAUCACUGGAAAUGAAAUAGGACCACCACUGCUCAAUGGAGAGAGAGUACAGGGUACUGCUCGAGAUGUCACGUAUCUGUGUCCAUAUUCAGGACCAGCUCGAGGUGUACUGACUGUCACCAAUUACAAACUGCAUUUUCGCAGUGUCGACAGAGAAACUCCCUACAUUGUUGAAAUGCCUCUUGGAGUUGUUAGCAGAAUAGAAAAAGUUGGUGGUGUCUCUAGUAAAGGAGAGAAUUCUUAUGGCAUCGAGAUCUUCUGCAAAGACAUAAGGAAUCUCAGAUUUGCACACAAACAAGAAAAUCAUUCCAGACGAAAUGUUUUUGAAAAGUUGCAACAAUUCUCAUUUCCUCUGUCGCAUAGUCUACCUAUGUUUGCUUUUGAUUACUCUGAAAGCUUUCCUGAAAACGGCUGGAAUGUUUACGAACCAAUUGCUGAACUGAAGAGAAUGGGAAUAAACAAUGAUAUGUGGAAAAUAUCGAAGAUAAACGACACCUACACAAUAUGCGAUAGUUAUCCAGCUGUUUGGGCAGUUCCAACAGCAGCAACGGAUGAGGAUCUAAAUGCCUCAGCUGCUUUUAGAAGCAGAGGUAGAUUACCUGUUCUUUCGUGGAUCCACCCGGAAAGUCAAGCGACUAUUACUCGGUGCGCACAGCCUCUCGUUGGUGUUAGUGGCAAGCGAAGUCGCGAAGAUGAAAGGUACGUGCAACUAAUAAUGGACGCCAAUGCGCAGAGCCACAAGCUGUUCAUUUUGGAUGCGCGACCUAUGGCUAACGCUGUGGCGAACAAGGCAAAAGGCGGUGGUUACGAGAGUGAGGAUGCUUAUCAAAAUAGUGAAGUCGUCUUUCUUGAUAUUCAUAAUAUUCACGUAAUGAGGGAGAGUCUUAGGAAAUUAAAAGAAUUGUGCUUUCCAAAAAUUGACGAAAAUAGGUGGCUAUCUGGUCUCGAGUCAACGAUGUGGUUAAGGCAUAUAAAAAAUAUACUUACGGGUGCUGUGAAAAUUGCGGAUAAAGUUGAGACUCACAAGACUUCGGUUUUAGUUCACUGUUCCGAUGGUUGGGAUAGAACUGCACAGUUGACGGCAUUGGCAAUGCUUUUACUAGAUCCGUAUUACAGAACGAUCAAAGGUUUUGAAGUUUUGAUUGAAAAAGAGUGGCUUGGUUUUGGACAUAAAUUCCAACAGAGAAUUGGUCAUGGCGACGAACAUCACAGUGACGCAGACAGAUCGCCAGUGUUCGUACAAUUCAUGGAUUGCGUAUGGCAAGUGACUCAGCAAUUCCCGAAUGCUUUUCAAUUCAAUGAGCAUUUCCUUACAACCAUACUCGAUCAUCUUUACUCUUGUCGUUUCGGAACUUUCUUAUUUAGCAGUGAAAGAGAACGAGUGCAAGAGAAAGUAAAAGAAAAAACAGUAUCCUUGUGGUCUUUCAUAAACUCUCAACUGCCACUUUAUCAAAACCCACUUUAUUGGGAUGGUCCAAAUUAUCAACCAGUUUUAUUACCGAUUGCAAGCAUGAGAUAUAUCAAGCCUUGGAAGAGUUUUUAUUGUAGAUGGAAUCCUAGUAUGCGACAACAGGACCCCGUAUAUCAACGAACGCGCGAGCUUUUAGUUCUCAAAGAGCAGCUAAAGAAAAAAGCCGAAGAGUGUCGACGCGAACAGGCAGCUCGUACAAAUCGUGGCCUCAAUUCAUCCGGAGUACCCAGGUUGCAUUCACCUGUACACUCUUAGCAGUACCCGAUGGAACAGCCUCGUCUUCUACUUACCUGUAGCUAUGUAAAUGAUCCUUAGAAUGACCAUACGAGAUAAAGACAUAUAUGACCCUUCGACUGAAAUGUUGCAAUUGUGCUAGCUGGUGUACAAAGCACUUAUUUUUUUCGAACCCGCAAGUGGGAUGUAUGAUUAUUGAGAGAAAAGAAUACGCACGCAUACACAAACACGCGUAUUAGGUUUCAUGUACAUAUUAAAAACAAAAACUAAAAAAAAUCGUAAGGAUAAAAACAUAACAAGCGUACGUUUAUACGUCUAGAGAUACAAAAUCAAAUUGAUACUCGAGCAUUUGUUAGAAGCGUUAACGACGAGAGAAAGAAUAAUAUAAUAGCGUUGGACAUCGAGGUCGCAGAAUUUACGCAUCAGCAAGACUAUAGGUGUUUUCAGCAUCAAGGGCAAAACGUACGAGCAUAUCUAAGUCAUCAUCAGACUCUUAAGGAAUAUUGUGCCCUGUAAGCAACGACAAUAUUGCACAUACACAUUUCUUCUAUUGCAUUAUGGAAGAGAUUAUGAGAUUAGAGGGCUUACGUUCGGCAGAAAAUCUAUGUAUGCGGCCGACUCGCUGCGCAGAUAAAUCGAAUUAAUGAGAAAGGGAUUGAGCAGAUAAGCGUAAUACGUUAGUCUGCUCAGAGGAAUCCAUGCCUUGAAGUUGAGUAUUUUAUUCACGACACCUGUAAUCAUUAGGUUUUGUGAACGAACACGCUUUCUUCUGUUUUCGUGCUUUUUAAUUUAGAGUUUUCUACAAAACAAAAAUCGGAUUUCCGAAGCGUGAUGUUUAGUUUUUAAGUUUUUAUCAAUAUAACUAUCAAAUAAAG